AUUAUUGUCGGGUGACCGGUGGAGGUAAACAUUUUUGUUAAAAAAACAAUAUUCAUUGUGUUGAACGGAUUCAUAACGCGUGAAAUAUAUUAUAAUUUUUUUGUAUCCAGUGUAAAUACCGACUAAUUAGUAAUUACUACUAUUUCGAUACUGUCGUCGUCGUAUAUUAUAGUGUGUCUGUUUAUCGCGUGACAAACGUUUGUGUUUUGGCUUCAGCUUUGCGGCGAACGGCGGCAUUUGAUUUGCGGCAAACAACCACUGUCCACACCGAUGAUAAUGAGAUAGACAUCUACUCGUGUGUACCUCCGUUUGUCGUUUGACGGCGUCAAACAAACCCCUGGCGUUUUUAGUUUUGAACGCAAACACCCCUUGGCCGCUGGGAGAUACGCGUCCCGCUUAACGCGCUGACUGGACUGACAAAACGUUUAAAAAUACGCUUGUACACAUUUCCUAAAAUGGCGUCCACAUCGAAGGACUCUCAGGCGACUAUAGCGAAGAAGACGUGGGAAUUGGAAAAUAACAUAAAAACUGUGAACACGGUCGAUGAAAUUUACAAAUACGACAAACAACAGCAACAGGACAUUUUGAGAACCAAACCGUGGGAAAAAGAUCCGUGUUACUUUAAAGACAUCAAAAUAUCCGCGUUGGCUCUGCUCAAAAUGGUCAUGCACGCCCGGUCCGGCGGCAUUUUGGAAAUAAUGGGCCUUCUUCUCGGCAAAGUAGAAGGCAACACAAUGAUCGUGAUGGAUUCGUUUGCGCUUCCCGUCGAAGGAACCGAAACCCGGGUCAAUGCUCAGGCACAAGCCUACGAAUACAUGACUGCCUAUAUAGAAUCGGCCAAAGUUGUCGGACGACUGGAAAACGCAAUCGGCUGGUAUCACAGUCACCCCGGCUACGGGUGUUGGUUGUCGGGCAUUGACGUUUCCACUCAAAUGUUGAAUCAAAACUUCCAAGACCCAUUUGUGGCCAUAGUCAUCGAUCCGGUGCGAACCAUAUCGGCCGGCAAAGUUUGUUUGGGCGCAUUCCGAACAUACCCCAAGGGCUACAAACCGGCAAACGACGUACCCACGGAAUACCAGACGAUACCGUUGAACAAAAUCGACGAUUUCGGCGUACACUGCAAUCAGUAUUAUUCGUUGGAAGUCAACUAUUUCAAGUCGUCGCUGGACCGCCGUCUGUUGGACUUGUUGUGGAACAAGUACUGGGUGAACACGCUCAGCUCGUCCAGCCUGAUAACGAACGCCGAUUACCUGACGGGCCAGAUCAACGAUCUGUCCGACAAGCUGGAACAAGCCGCCUUGUCCAUAGGCCGCGUGAUCUUCGACCCGGUCGACCGGCCCAAAGCCGACGACAAAAUGGCCAAAGCCACAAAGGACAGCAAUAAAAACACAAUCGAAAUAAUGUGCGGCCUCAUGUCGGAGACUAUAAAAGAAUUCUUGUUUAAUAGUAUACCGAAAAAUAACUAAUAGAGCGCGACAGAAUCCAUUUGCCGAUAUUUAUGUCGCGGUCAACUUAAAAUUCUCAUAACCGACAACAACAGCAUUUUUUUUUCAAAAAUGAAUUCGAUCAUUUUAACGCUACGCGUACUAUUCUAAUAUUAUAUCUUUACAUUUUUAAACAUAAAGAUGGCUUUUGUAUUUAAGUAGUGCAUUCGGUAAGGUUUUUUUUUUUAUAUUUCAUUUGUUUCCUGAAAUUCUUAUUCGGUAUAGUAUUUAAUUACUCUCAAGUCAGAAAUUGAAACAUUUUACAAAAAUAUCAAAUCUAACAAAUUACGUUUUUUAAGCGCAACACAUAAUAUAAAUUAAUUUUUUAUUAUGCAAUAAUCAUUUAUGAUGAAAAAUUUGUCUAUUCGUUAAAUGGUAAACUAUAAUAAUUGUAUAUAAUAUAAAAUUUGUAGUAACACGAUACCUGUUAAAAAAAAAAAAACGUAUUAUUUGUUUCCUAAAACGCUUGUCGUCGAUGUACAAUGCAUUUUGAUAAUGAUGGCGUCAUUUUCAAAGAUUCAUUUAAGACCAACUCUCGGCUAUUACACAAUACAAACGUUUUUGGCUUAAAGAAUAUUCAAAUCAAAUAAUUCACAUAUAUGUUUUUUGCUCGCUUUAUGAAUUGUUUACAUUUUUUUUUUUUUUACACUAGUAUUUAAAUUGAUUUUGCUGUUUGUCAAAAUGUACUAGAUACCGAUUUGGAAAAAAUAAUUGUAUACAUUUAUCUCUUACCUAGUAGAAAAUAGUUUUUAGAGGUAAAAUUUUUUUUUUUUUAGGUAAAAUGUAAUUUAAUGAUAUAUAAACAUGAAUAACAAUAUAUAUAUUCUAUGCCUCUUACGUUUAAAUAAGGCAUACAACGCAAUGUUGUCACCUCCGUGAGGACUCCGAACCUAUUAAUAAUUAACAAUAAUCAUUAUUUUGCAUUGUAGCUAGAAACUAAAUCAGAUUUAACGUAUCAAUAAAACAAGCAACAAACAAUCCGUCCUACAACUUUUUUUUUUAUAUAUAUACUUGUUCGAUCUAAAACUGUUAUGAAUUAAAUUUGACCGUUUUUAAAUUGACCCAAGUUGUCUUAUAUAAGUAAUACUCGUAUAUCUAAAUCUCUUACACCCAAGUUCGGUUGUCAUCCUAACCUAAGUGUGGUGUCAUCUUGAAUUUAUAAAUGUUGUUUAUUAUACUUUUUGCUAUUUGAUUGUUGUUUGUAUUGAGAAUUCUUUUUUUUUUUUUUUUAUCAAAUAAAUUAUUUAAAAUCCAUUUAGAUUAGUACCUAUCUUGCCUAAACCGGAAACUGGUUUGUACUUGUAAGCGGGAACUAGCCUGUUAAGUAUGUAAACAAAAAAUCAUGUAAUAAAACUAAAAUAAAAACCUACUACUAUAUAAUAAUUAGUGUACAAUUAAAUGUUGCUGAUUAUGUUGUAAAAAAAAUAAACCUAGUAUCACCCUCGAAUGUUGUCGAUUAAAAUGAAAAAAACUUCUUAGUAGAUUGUUACAUUGGUUGUUGCACGAAUAAAUGCUAUCUGCCACAUGUUAUAAUAGUAAUAAAGUAUAAAAUGUUUUCAAAA